GUAGGAACACAAAAAGAACAAGGGUAUAAAAGUUGACUGUAUCCAUUGUUCCAACGACUGUAUCCAAAGAAGAAAUCGGUUGCCUAGCGACCAGUGGACGUGUAGCGUCUGUUAGCAAGAUUAGCGCUCUGUUAACGCAUGGAGUUUGUCAAUCAAAACAGAGCAUAAAUGCCACUAAAACGAAGAGGGCCGUUGCAGAUCGUCCGAAGAGAAGUGGAUGAAGUGAAAAGACAGGUUGACAGGUUGGUGAAGGAUGUACAGAGUAAGACUGGAUCUAAUGAAGAGGCAUUUCGAAGAUAUCAAGAACUGCAGAUCUCUGCAGAAAUGACUCAAAAAUCACUACAGAAACUGACAAAGGCUGAUGAGCUUGCUCCUGUAGGGAACUACGAUCAGAGAAAACAGGAAGAGGAGAAACGACUGCAAAACAUCUUGGAGCGUCUGAACACUCUUGCGGUGAUGCUUUCACCACCAGGACCCAGCACAGAAACAGACGAUGCAUCAAAGGAAGAUAAUGAAGAUGAUGUUGAUGACGAUGACGAUGAUGAUGAAGACAGCACUGAUGAAAAUGAUCAAAUUGACAAUGAUGGGAGCAAUAAUGAAGAUGGAAAGAGAUUUGCAAAGCCUCCAUCUCAGUCAGACCUGCAAACCUACACAGUCCUCAGUGAUUUCAUAGGAGAGCAGGAUGGAGAUCUGUCUGUUCAGAGAGGGGAGGUGUUGACAAUAAUCAGGAAGACAGCAGAUGGAUGGUGGCUGGCUCAGGACACAAAAGGCAACAGAGGAGUAGUUCCAAAAACCUUUCUGAAGAUUGGCUCUGGUGUUGAUGAUAAAGAUAAUGAGGAUGAAGAUGAUAAAGAUGAUGAGGAUGAAGAUGAUAAAGAUGAUGAGGAUGAAGACGAUGAUGAUGAUGAUGAUGAAGAGGAGUCAGAAGAGGAUGAAGAAGGUGAAGAGUUAAUAGAGGAUGGAAACAAACACAGCGCUGCUUCCAACUGGUUUACUGUCAGAAAAGCUCUCACUGAGAUUGAUGCAACAGACGUGCUGUCAGCCAUGGGAGCCAUACCUUCAGGAUUCAGACCAUCAACUCUUAAUAAACUGCUGGAAGAGGAAGGUAAAACAUACAGAGGAAGUUACUACAUUCAGCCUGAGCUCAGCCAAUCACAGCUCUCCUUUAAAGAUCUCUUCCUGGACCCUGACACUGGCAGGGUUCGUUCUCGCCAGGUCAGAACUUGCGUUUAUUUCACUUUGUGGAGCUGCAGGAUGAUUCCCACUCCUGGUGUUGGAGUUCAGGUCCUCAGCAGGCACAUCCGCCUCUGUGCCUUCGAUGGAGUUCAGGUGUUGAGUAACAUUCACACAGUGAGGGCAACCUACAACUCCAAGAGCCCAAAGACCUGGAGCUUCUCUCCAAAGAUGACUGGUUUGUUGCCAACCCUCCUGGAUGGAGAAUGUUUCCUGUGCUGCAACUCUUCGUCUCCUAACCUCGGAGUACUCUUUGAACUUGGAGUCACUUUUUUACGAAAUUCUACAGGUGAGAGAGGUGACCUGAGCUGUGGCUGGGCCUUCCUCAAAUUGACCGAUGAUGCUGGAAAUCCACUUCCAAGCAGGACCUAUGAGCUGCCAGUAAAUGGAGGCACUCCCUAUGAGAAGGAUGUGACAGUGGAGGCAUCAGUUACCAAAGGAUCUUCGGGUGGUGUUUUCCAGCAAAUGCUUCUGGCCAGGCGGCAGCCCAAACUGAUCAUAAAGCUGAAAUCACCCAACAGUCGAACCAGAACGCAGCUCAGUCUCCUUCCAGACACCCUUCUGUUCAGUCUGAGCUGUGUCCACUUGCUCUCUCUGUACCGGCAGCUGCUGGCUGACACACUGCUGAUGGACAGGCCUACCAUGCAGAAUGCAGAUCUAAUAUGCAGUCCCAUACUUUCAACCUUUCCUGUGCUGUUGGACCAGACCGACUUGCUGGAUGCUCUUAUGAGUGCCUGGCUGGAGGCUGAGACCAACAUGAGCAGAGCGCAGAAGAGAGACUUGCCAUACCUGAAACAAGAGUUUGUUAAAGUCUACAUGUCGUCUGCAUACUUCCUCCUCCACUCACCUUCGCUGCCUUGUUAUCGUUGGGCGGACCUGCCCUCAGAGGAGCAGCGGGCCAGAGUCAUCUUCGCCACCCUGGAUGCUCUAAAAAACCACCAGCACACCUCCAGCCAAUCAGCAGGUCCUGAUAUCAGUUUCGACUCAACACAUCAACAUUUGGCUUUCGAUAUCACAGAACUGACCUUUGACCUCCUCCGUGUGGGGCGGUGAUGAUGGCGUCACUGCGCCAUUUAAUAGGAGUGAACUUUUUUUUAAGUUGGUUUUAAUGUAAAAAAAAACUUUUGUUAAGUUUGCAAGAAAAAUGGGAUUCUUCAGUGUGCCAUUAAACAUUCUGGUGUCAUUUAUUCAGCAGUUUAAGAGGAAAUAAUUACAAAAAAAAAAAGAAGAAAAAAAAAAGCUAUUAAUUUAGUGACGCACCAUGCUGCACAUGAAAGAACACACCUCCUGUAAUAACUGUGGUGCAUUUAGGUGUUUUUGGUCAUCGAGUGUUGUUCCAUGGCAGCAACAUAUUAAUAAAAUCAACUUUUGAAUGAAUUCCUCACUGGGUCUCUGUGGGAUUUAUUGAAAAUAAAUGAAGCAAAGACUUAUCAUAGACUUAUAGUCUUAAAAAAAAAAAAAAAAAAAGAUUAUUCUACCUUACAACUCAAACAGAUCAGACAGUAUCAUCUCUGUGUCCUUCCUCUUUACUGAGAGACAUUGCUUCUCUGUAACUGUCAUUGAGGUAACAUUAGCAUGGUUACAUUUUGAUAUUGUACUAGACAUUUAUGUAGUUUCAGAUGUUGAUUUUAGUGUUUUUCAUGAGCUGAUUUAGUUCCACUCCACCCGUUAGUUCAACAUCAGUCAUGUGUGUGUAGUGUAGAGUUACAGGACAUCAGAACAGUGUGUGGAGGUAAU